CUGGGAUUAGUUGUCUGAGUGAUGAGAUUGUAUUGCAAAACGUUGUUGUGAACCAUUAGAGUCAGCUGUCCGUUGUUGUGUUUCUACGGUUUUAGAUUUUUUUCCUUUUUUGUAAAUUCUUCUGCAACCAUUCCAGUGUACUUAUAGUCUACGUAGAAUAUAAAUAUAUUUGAAAUCUAUGAAUCUUUAUAAAUAGUGUUAAAAUAAAUAAAUAUUUACUGUGAUUUAUUACUUAUCUUUAUUUUGGAAAAAAUUCCCCUAAUAGUAAAAGUAUCAAGAAAUGAAAUGGACAAAUAAAAAACACAAAAUCGCAGCUACUCGACACAUUUUAAAUAAAUGACUCCCCGAGACAAGUGACUUCACAAAUUGUAGGUCAGUCAAGUUUUGAAUUAACAUUUAUUCAUCAGAGCUUGCUCUGUUAGAUACUGAGCAUGCUGUUGACGAUGAAAUUUACUAUAACUACUAGAAAAUCAGUUGAAAAACGCCGAUAUAACUCGUAAUGAUGAAGAUUAAUGGACGGCUUGAGACCAAACUCUUCGUCGUCAGUAUUUGGAGUUGGGAUGUAACCGCAAAUGAUUUUUGCAUCAUUUGCCGAAUACCAUUGAACGAUUUGGGUUUACGUUUUUAACCGUUGAAUGAGCUGGAUAGAUGCAUUGUUAUGUACUAUCAUUCAUUAUAUAAUUGCUACAUGUCAGAGAGUAAGUAUCUUUCUCGUGAUAAAUUUUACUACGCAUAUUGUACUUUUAGGGCUCAAACAAAGACAGCGGCGUUCACCCUUUCAAAUAGAUUAUAUAAUUUCGAGGACAGAAAAAUCGCUCAUAGGUUUUAUAAAUAUAGUCACGCUUUCAAAUAAAACAGUCAUUUCACGCAUUUGUUAUGUUUAAGAAGUUCUGUACUUCAAACAUAAUAUGUUGGCUAAUCAGAGGAAGAAAAACAGAUGUGUCGAUGUUUAUCUUUUUGUUUAAAUACAGGUGAGUCUCAUUUAACUCUUAAAAUGAUGAAUUUGAAAGACUUAUCUGGUAAGGGUUUGGGUAAAGUGGAUAAAAACGCUGCUUGCGUUGCCGAUUUAAACUGGAAUUUAUUGAAGGAAAAUAUUAGUUUACCUUCUGCUGUGUUAUAUGAAGAAUGUAUUGAUCAUAAUCUCCGGUGGAUGCAACGAUUCAUACGAGAAUAUAACUUUCAAUUGGCACCACAUGGGAAAACUACAAUGGCUCCAAAACUAUUCUCGAGACAGUUAAAACAAGGAGCAUGGGGAAAUAAGCCGUAUGUCUAUCACGCGUAGUUUCAAACAUCUAAAUACAACUAAUAGGCAAACUGUAUGUGGAUGCCGUGAUAACGAAACAUUCCCAUUACGCUGGCCACUGCACCUCAAGUUCAAGCAGCGUAUGAAGGCGGGGUUCGACGUGUUUUGAUGGCUAAUCAAUUAGUUGGAAAACAAAAUAUGUCAAUUAUAUCGAGUCUUCUUGUUGAUUCAACCUUUGAAUUCUUUUGUUUGGUGGACUCGAUUGAAAAUGUUAAUCAGCUUGGUAAAUAUUUUAAAGAGACUGAACAAUGUCUCAAUGUUCUGCUUGAAGUUGGUAUGAAUGAUGCAAGAACAGGUGUAAGAGAUGAAAGUCAGCGUGAUGCCGUUCUAACUGCUAUUCGUCAAUGGCCUGAUAAUCUUAUGCUAGCAGGCGUCGAAGUUUUUGAAGGUGUUUUAAGCGAAGAGCAAUCAGUUCGUACGCUUCUACAACGAGUAGCUGAAUGGACUGUAAAAUUGGUGGACAAUAAAGAUAUACGUUACCGUCCGGCAAUUUUGACUGGUGCUGGAAGUGCAUGGUAUGAUGUAGUCGCAGAAGAAUUUGAUAAGGUAGUGGGCAAUAGAACGGAUGUUGAAAUUGUUUUACGACCAGGAUGUUACCUGUCUCACGAUGCUGGGACAUACAAAACAGCUCAAGAGAAAAUUUUGCAACGAAAUCCAAUUGCAAAACAGAUAGGCCAGGGCCUUCGUCCUGCUCUACAUAUUUGGGCGUAUGUUCAAUCCAUACCAGAGUCAAAUCGAGCAAUUAUCUCAAUGGGAAAGCGUGAUGUCGCUUUCGAUGCGGGAUAUCCCAUGCCUUCACUUCACUAUCGCUCUGGUUGGGCUGAACCUCGAAAAAUGGAGGAUAAUAUAUGGGAGGUGACAGGUUUGAUGGAUCAACAUGCCUUUAUGCGCAUUCGAGAAGGCGACGAUUUAAGAGUAGGCGAUAUGAUUGCAUUUGAUAUCUCUCAUCCCUGUCUCACAUUUGACAAAUGGAAAUACAUACUCAUCGUCGAUACAAAUUUUACAGUGAUUGACAUUGCCGAGACUUAUUUUUAA